AUGUUUUUUGCUUUUACUUCUCUUGGAAUCUCCUGGUUUCCAGUUGGACCAUACAUCCCAAUAAUGAAUGAACAUAAGAGAAUAAUUCCCCGCACUCGUUGGGUCGAACCAUACUUCCCAUUCCAAGAAGCCGAAGAAAAUAUAAUAAGAUAUCCAAGACCAACCAGACCACAUCCAAUAUUCCCAGGACCAAUAUAUAUCCAGAAGGCCGAAAAGAAUGGCCCAUUCAGACUAUUCCCAAUCCAUCCACUACCAUCCUUCCAGGAAGAUGAAAAUGGCUUUUUGAAGAAGCUCAAGAGACACCUUGGUGCAGGCGGUUUCAUUUAUGGAAUCCCAUUCCAAGAAGCCGAAGAAAAUAAAAUAAGAUAUCCAAGACCAACCGGGCCACAUCCAAUAUUACCAGGACCAUUCAGACCAUUCAAAAUUGAUCCAUGGAUUUUCAUUAAUCCUUACAAAUCAAAGUAA